CGACCCAGUCUCGAGUAGCCAUGCCAAGAACCUCCAGCUCCCAGCUCCGGCCGGUGUUAAGUGCCCGGCCAGCCUGGGGCGCCAGGGGAGUUCCCCGGCGGGAGGAACGAGCUCUGUGAGGUCACCGCGCCGCAGUCCGGGUCACAAUGCAGCCGUCCCGCUCGACGCCCGGGCCCGGAUGCGCUGCAGACACCUGCCCGGCUCCGCCUGGACCGGAGCGUCCUCCCGCGGCCAGGGCUCGGGCAGCUGCUUCCAGCCUGGGACCGGCCUCGGCCUCUGGCAGAGAGCCCCGGGGCCUGGACAUGAGUGCCCAGGAGCCCCCGCAGGGUCGAAGAUUCCCCAUUGAGGCGGGAGACUCCCCUGGCCUUGCCGCUGCCCCCGAGUCCCAGGACAGCCCGGAGCCUGUAGCUACAGAGCACAACCCGGUCAGGCCGCUUCGUCGCUGCCCGGGCUGCCACUGUCUGACGCUGCUGCACGUGCCCAUCGACGUCUACCUGGCCAUGGGCGGGAGCCCCGGGGCCCGCGCCACCUGAGUGCGCCUGCGCACGGCGGCUCCGCGGGAGCCGGGCGGGGACGAGGCCGCCGCGGGCCACCACGCUGAGGUCGCACGCGCCGAGCACGAGACAAUGAUGCACAUUUUAAAAUAAAAGAAUGAUGCACAUUUUAAUAAAGCACAGCAUAAACUGUUCUUUCCA